CGCUAUCUCUGUUCUGUACGAUGGCCUUUACUUAAUGCUGUUGGCGUCAUAAAGUCGUUUAUGUAAAGUUGUAAAAUUCAGUGUUUUUCUUAUUUAUAAACAUAUUACAGGCGAUCUAUAGUUAAAGAACAGUAAAAUAUAGCCCAAGGUAAGUUUUCCAUAGAGAAUUAACGCCGCGGCGUUGCUCUGAAAGCUUCAGGAAGUUGUACAAUGUACUCGGAAAGUCUGUUUUAUUUUUGUUGGGUAUUAAAAAAUGUAAUAGUUGCACAUAUAUACUAGUUUGCAGCAAUCGCACGGUUAGUAUUAAGCGAGAUCUUCAGCAGUUGCAAUCAUAAGUGAUAUUUUGAUUAUGGCUACAGAUUAUCAAUAUUAUGUGACUCACUACAACAAUUUUUUCAACAAAAUGGACACGGAUGAAGGGGAAUCAUCGAGUAGUGGUCCCAUAUCGACACUGAACAGUUUGUUUUCGUUUACAAGCCCAGCAGUGAAAAAACUGUUGGGGUGGAAACAGGGUGACGAAGAGGAAAAAUGGGCGGAAAAAGCGGUUGACAGCUUGGUAAAAAAAUUAAAGAAACGAAAAGGAGCCAUAGAAGAACUAGAAAGAGCCCUAUCUUGCCCAGGAACACCCAGCAAAUGUGUUACAAUACCGAGAAGUUUAGAUGGUAGGUUGCAAGUAUCUCACAGGAAGGGCUUGCCGCACGUGAUUUACUGCCGAGUGUGGAGGUGGCCCGACUUGCAGAGCCACCACGAACUGAAACCCCUCGAACAUUGCCAAUUCCCGUUUUCGGCGAAACAAAAGGAAGUGUGCAUCAACCCGUACCACUACAAGCGCGUGGAGAGCCCGGUGUUGCCGCCCGUUCUCGUGCCGAGGCACAACGACUUCGUGCCGGGGCACUCGCUGCUGCCGUUCCAGCAGCUCGUCGAGCCCAACAUGCCGCACAACGUCAGCUACUCCUCGAACGGCUUCAACAACGCCAACCACCUGCCGCCCGGCUCGCCCCUCUCCAGCGCGCCCAGUCCCGGCGGCAGCGUGGCGUCGAACAACCCGCAGAGCCCGUACGCGAACCUGGCGGAGACGCCGCCGCCCGCCUACAGCCCCACCGACGAGAACAACAGCAACGCGAACAACAACGCCAGUCCCGAGCCGUCGCUCUCGAGCGACGUGCAGCCCGUUCCGUACCAGGAGCAGCACUUCUGGGCCUCGAUAGCCUACUACGAGCUCAACUGCCGCGUCGGAGAGGUGUUCCACUGCCACUCCACCUCGGUGAUAGUGGACGGGUUCACGAACCCCAGCAACAACAGCGACAGGUUCUGCCUGGGGCAGUUGAGCAACGUGAACAGGAAUUCCACGAUAGAGAACACGCGCAGGCACAUAGGCAAAGGCGUGCAUCUCUAUUACGUAAACGGCGAGGUAUACGCCGAGUGCCUGUCCGACUCGGCGAUAUUCGUGCAGUCGCGAAACUGCAACCACCACCACGGCUUCCACCCGUCCACGGUGUGCAAGAUCCCGGCCGGCUGCUCGCUGCGCAUCUUCAACAACGCCGAGUUCGCGCAGCUGCUCUCGCAGUGCGUGAACCACGGCUUCGAGGCCGUCUACGAGCUCACCAAAAUGUGCACCAUACGCAUGAGCUUCGUGAAGGGGUGGGGCGCGGAGUACCAUCGGCAAGACGUCACCAGCACCCCGUGCUGGAUAGAGGUGCACCUGCACGGGCCCCUGCAGUGGCUGGACAAGGUCCUCACGCAGAUGGGCGCCCCGCACAACGCCAUCAGUUCCGUGUCGUAAACUAACUGGCCGACAACGAAAAACGGUUUUUUGUGUACGGAAAUCCGGCGCGCUAUUUGUUGCCAUAAAAUAUUUGACUGCUAAAGGGAGCAAAAUAAAACAUCGGUAAAUGUUCCGCAACGCAGCAUUUUCGAAUUAUCAAUUUUUGCUGGAAAUGGCUCAAAAUUUACCAACCUUUAAAAAAUGGUUGUGAUUUUAACAAUUUUUUAUUACCAAAUAUCGUAAAUUCCAUUGAAAAGAAAAAAAUAACUAUAUACGUACUUUUAACUUUUAUAUAGCGUUUGAAGCGCCGCCAUACAUAACUGGGUGAACUAUUUUAUUUAUGAGGUUGAGUUAUGUAUAUAUUUUUUCACAAAAACAAAAUUUUCAAUAAAUUCUAUAUUUGUUUUCAGCGGUUUUUGUUGCUGUGAAUAAUUGUUAAUUAUUACAAAUAAAAUUUGUCUGUUACGUUUUUCCUUCGACAUAACCUACAAAUGUGCUUGAUAUAUUUAUUUCGACAGUUUCCAUUUGGCUUAUUUUCAACGUUUUGAUUAUGGUUUUAAAGUGUCGAAAAAAAAACAAAAAAAAUUGGGGAACAAAUUGUUUUUUUUUCGUUUUUUUUUUCAUGCAAUUGGCUUAUUUUGGGAAAAAAAUAUUACAAAUCUAAUUUUUCUGUUACGUUUUUCCUUUGACAUAACCUACAAAUGUGCUUGAUAUAUUUAUUUCGACGGUUUACAUUUGACUUAUUUUCAACGUUUUGAUUAGGGUUUUAAAGUGUCGGAAAAAAAGUUGGGGAACAAACUUGUUUUUUUUUUCGUUUUUUUUUCAUGCAAUUGGCUUUUUUGGGAAAAAUUGUUUUUUAGGAAAUGUACACAUUUAAAAAAAAAGUGGCAAUCACCACAUAAUUUAAAAAAAUAUCCAGAAAAAAAACUAAACAUUGAAUUAAAUUAAAUUGAUGUAAGAAAAUAAACGUAAAAGUUAAAUAUACUGUCGGUUCGGUCUAUUUUGCAAAAAGGAGUUCAUUGAAAAUAUCCAAUUACAAAAUAAUGAAUAAUUUAUAAAGUUAAAUUACAAAAUUAUAAUUUUAUAAAUCGAAUAAAACGAAAGUUAUGAAUACAGCACCAAAUAUGUUUUUUUGCGACCCGGCAGAAUAUUCUACUGAUUUAAAAUUAUUAUAAUCAUAAUAUUAUGAUUCAGCGUCGAAAAUUCAUUUUUUUAUCAAUAUUAGUGUCCGUAAAUUUUUAUAAAAAUUGACUUUUGCAUUUUUUCGUAUUACCCUUUGAAUUUUUCUGAAAAUUUCCCAAUUUUUCAGUUUUUUUCAUGAAAAAACGGUUUUUUCCGCAGGCCCAAUUUUUUCGGAAAUUUUAAAACCCUAGUUCUGAAUCAGAACUUCUGAUCACGCCUUCCUUACUCAAAGCCAAGAAGACUAAAUAAUGUAAUACGUAUUUAGUCUUCUUGCUAAAAGCACUACACGCACUUUUAAAACUGUCCAUUUAUUGAUAGAACUUUGACCGACUUUACAGUGUUUUCAAGUUUAAAAUUAUUUUUAUGGGUAUACCCACUAUAACAUAUGACACUAGUUAAAAUAAAACCAGUGUUAAAUUGGUUUUGUUUGUUAAAAUUUUUCUGAAAAUGGAGCACCCCAACACAAGUUUUUUAAACAUUUUGAAAACCGCUGUUUUUUUUUUAAUUUUUAAGUUUUAUUUUUAUAGACUUGUAAUUAAUUUUCUCAAUUUAACCAUUAUGUCACGAUUUUAUUAUGUAUAUAAAUUAUGUUAAAGUUGUUAAAACACAGAUUUUUUAUAUAAAUAUUCCUACUAUAUAAUAUUUUUUUAAUUUAAUAUUUUAUUGGUUUAAAAUUUUCCUAACUAAAAAUUUUAGGUUUACAUUAAUAAAUUUAAAAUAUUUUCAACUAUCAUGUAGGUAGGUAUUGAAAGACAAAAUUUACUAAAAGUUCACUUCUGUAUUAAACAAUAUUAUUUCCAAUCAAUUUUUUAAUAAAAAUAAUUUCUUAGUAUAAUUUAUUUGGGCAGAAUUUUUAAAAUCCUAAAUAAAUAUUUUAUAAAAUAAUUUAGAUUAAAUUGAUAAAGUUAAUUUUUUUAAUAAUUAAAAAUAUGUAGUGUGGAGACAUUUAAAAUAAAAACACAUAAACAACAUUUUUUACCAAAAUAGUUUAAAAAGUAAUUUUUUUUUAAACUCAUAACAAUUGAGAAUCAAAAAAUAUUUUAAACAUAAAAUGCAAAUGUAAAAGUUUAAGUUUAUAAUAUAGGUUUUUAAAAAUUGUAGUUUUAUUAUUUUAUUCUACAAAAUUAUUGGUUUAACUUUAAAACUUUAAGCUUAAAAAUAUUCAUUUUUAAAAAUUAU